UUUAAUUUACGAGACAUCGCCAUUCGUGUGUGAAAAAACCACAAUAAUUCUUAUAUUUUGCCUUCACUUUGUCAGUUUAACUCAGUAGUUAAGUUUUUUCAAUAUUUAUAGAAAAUAUAAGCGUAUCAACAAAAUCCUUAAGAAUAUUAUUAACUGCGAUAGCAAUUCGCAACACAAGCCGCGCAGUUAAACGCAAUCAGUAUCAAUAAUCUCGGUGUCGAUAUAGCAAGGCAGUAUCGGCAGUAUCAAUUGCGACAUUCAGCCUGGCAAGAUGAGCAACGUUCUCGCAAUAAUUUUGAGCGCGUUGUUCCUCGUAUUAUUACCCCACGAAAGUACAAGUGGCUUUUUGAAUGUUUAUCCACAUUUGAAACAAUUUCCACUGACCGAGGAUGCUGGCACGCCGCUUUUCUUGACGCCCUUAAUAGAAAAUGGAAAGAUCGAUGAUGCACGAGCAAAGGCUGUCGUCCAGCACAAAGAGAUGGGUGACAUUAGCAGUUACUCGGGUUAUCUCACAGUUAAUAAAGAGUACAAUUCUAAUCUCUUCUUCUGGUUCUUCCCAGCCAUGCAUAAUCCAAAGACUGCACCAGUAGUAUUAUGGCUACAAGGUGGUCCGGGAGCAACUUCAAUGUUUGGUCUUUUUAUGGAAAACGGUCCAUUUAUAGUAACUGCUAAUAAAACUCUAACAAUGCGAAAAUAUUCAUGGAACAUAGCUCACAAUGUAAUAUAUAUUGAUAAUCCAGUUGGUACUGGCUACAGCUUUACUGAAAAUGAAAAAGGAUAUGCUACAAAUGAAACACAAGUGGGAAGAGAAAUUCAUACUGCCUUGGUACAAUUCUUCUUGUUAUUCCCUGAACUACAAAAUAAUGAUUUCUUUGUCACUGGUGAAUCAUAUGCUGGAAAAUAUGUGCCAGCAGUAUCUCAUGCCAUUAAAGAUUAUAAUAUCAAAGCAGAGAUAAAAAUUAACUUAAAAGGCUUGGCCAUUGGUAACGGAUUAUGUGAUCCAGAAAACCAAUUGUUAUACAGCGAUUAUUUGUAUCAAAUAGGGCUGAUCGAUGAAAAUGGCAAAAUACUAUUUCAAGGAUACGAAAAGCAGGGUCGCGAAUUUAUUAAACAGAAGAAAUAUCUUGAAGCAUUUAAAAUUUUUGAUACACUUCUUAAUGGUGAUUUGAAUGGCUCACCAUCUCUAUUUCGCAAUCUAACUGGUUUUAAUUUUUAUUACAACUAUCUGUUUGAAAAAGAUAGUAAUGAUUCUGAUUGGAUGUCUGAAUUGAUUCAAAGAGCUGAUGUUAGACGUGCUAUACACGUGGGCAAUAGUACUUUUCAUGUUGAAGCUACCAUUGUGGAGGAACAUUUGAAAGGAGACGUCAUGCAAUCCAUAGUAUUUUUCUUGACGGAUCUUCUACAGCACUAUAGAGUGCUCAUCUACAAUGGACAAUUGGACAUAAUCGUUGCGUAUCCACUCACAGAAAAUUACAUAAAACAUUUGCAAUGGCCCGGAGCAGAUAAAUAUGCGAAAACGCCAAGGAAAAUAUGGAUGGUUGGAAACAAACUGGCAGGCUACACAAAAACUGUUGACAACUUAACGGAAGUUCUCGUACGAAAUGCAGGUCAUAUGGUUCCUUCAGAUCAACCAAAAUGGGCAUUAGAUUUAAUCACGCGUUUUACACAUAAUAAAAAGUUUUAAAAAUUAUUAUGCAGAGAUUAUUACACAAAAUAUAUGUGAUAAAAGUUUUGGAUUUUUUCAUUUUACGAAUUACUAGUAGAUAAUAAAUGCAUGGAAAUUUAAUAAUAUAAGGCAAUGGGCCAACAAUACUUAAGGUCAAAUAUUCUAACCGUCAUGACAAAUGAGCAAAAUGUAAACACAAUAAUAGUAAUAUAAUAAUAAUUUUGUAAUAGAAAAAUUAAUAAAUUUAUUAAUAAGAGCA